UUAUUUACAUGUUUCAUGUAGAAUAAGCUAAUCAAGCCUCCCUACUCCCCCUUUAAAAUGGGACCUUCCUCACUCCUCAGAGCCCCAAGCAUCCAACCUCACACCUACUUCAGCCAUCACCACUCCCGCAUGACCUCGGAGGUCGGCGAGCCCCCUCGUGACCCUCGCUGAGCACUUGGAGGAGGAAGAGUCUACUUCCUUUAAGUGCUCGACGCAAACUGUUCUCUGAGGAGGUGGGAGAGAUGGCCGGGCUUUCCUUGGACCACCCUUGGGCAUUCACCAUUGGCAUCCUUGGUAAUAUCAUCUCACUCAUGGUGUUUCUUGCGCCACUGCCAACAUUCUAUAGGAUGUACACAAGGAAAUCCACUGAAGGGUUCCAAUCGGUGCCAUAUGUCGUUGCUCUGUUCAGCUGCAUGUUAUGGUUCUGCUACGCAUUCCUCAAGACCGACGCAUAUCUUUUGAUCACCAUCAACUCGAUCGGGUGCGCUAUCGAGACAGUAUACAUAGUCAUAUACUUGACGUAUGCACCGAAGGUGGCAAAGAUAUUUACCGCAAAACUGGUUCUGCUUGUGAACGUGGGGAUGUUUGGGUUGAUUCUUCUUCUCACGCUGCUGCUAGCAGAGGGCUCCAAAAGAGUUGGGGCGUUUGGAUGGAUCUGCGUGAGCUUCUCCGUGAGCGUCUUUGUGGCUCCCCUGAGUGUCAUUAGGCUUGUGAUGCGAACAAAGAGCGUCGAGUUCAUGCCCGUCUCGCUGUCUUUCUUCCUCACGUUGAGCGCCAUCGUCUGGUUCGCGUACGGUUUACUGACCAAAGACAUUUACGUUGGGCUGCCGAAUGUCGUGGGAUUCAUCUUUGGGAUCCUUCAAAUGGUGCUCUACGUAGCUUAUAGGGACAAGAACAGGGUCGCCAUCGAGCACAAGCUGCCCGAGCACAUCAUAUCGAUCGCGAAGCUUAGUGCUGAGAAGGCCUCCGAGAUCUAUCCCAUCGACUCUGCCACACCGGUAGUCCAUGAUCAAGACAAGGUGGGAAACGAAGGCCAGAAGGAGCAAGAACAGGGCGGCGGUGCAGAAGAGGCCAAGGGAGGCAUGGCAGCUCCUCAAAGGGAGAAUGAGGCGAACAGUGUUGAGGUCUGACUGCCCAUUAAUUGUUGGAUGGAUGGAUGGAAGGGAAUGAAAGGAGCUACGUUUGAAGAAGAGCCACACAAAUGUUCGCUUGUUCUCUCUGUCAUCUCUUUCGGUUACUUGACUUUGUUCUAUUGCGAAUUAAUGAGGUGUUGUUGCAUUGGCUUCUCUACCGUCAUGUUUUAGUUGAGAGACUUAUGUUUGGUUGCAGAUUGUGAGGUGGGCGCAGGUGAGUUGGAUAUGUAGGUUUAUAACGUGUAACCAUGAUUCUA